AUGAGGUAUAAGCGCACAACUAAACCCUCUGCUGUGAUCCAGUACCCCGUGAAUUCGACGUCAAAAUUUUCAUAUUGCUCCUUGGCCCUCCAGAAGGUACCCCGUGGCCCCAAGAGAGUGGAUGGCAGCUGGGAGGAGCGAGAGCGGCCGCCAGGUUUCGAACCCGCGUUCCCCUCCUCGCUCAAUCCGCCGCCAAAAGCCUUGGCUCCACCCGGCUUGACCCUCCCAGGCCCUAUGUCGCCCCACCCAAACCCUGCCGAGCCCUUUUUGUUCCUUUCCCCUACCUACUCACCGGCUCCUCAACUGCCAACCCUCCCACUACCAGUCACCAUCAUCACUCCAUACCCUCCCACUCUAGCGCCCGCUACUAAACCAGCCAAUCCCACCAUGCAGCCACCUCCAACUACCAGCCACACAAUCGCACUCAAAGCUGCUCUCUACUACUCCAAACCUCCAUCCCAGUCCUGCUGGCACUUCAAACCCCUCCCACUCCAUAUCCCUCUCAAUUCAGCCACAUCAACACACUCCACGCACCACUCCUCACCACAGCCCUCUCAAUCGACCAGCCCUCCGCACACCACCAGGAGGGGAGGAAAAAGAGCCGUCGCAACUUACUUAGCAUCCUCCCACUCUCAGUCCUCUCACUCCAUACUCUUCCUUCCGCACCAGCUUCCUCUCUACUUCCUCCCUGCCCACUUUCAGUCCUCUCACUUCUAG